UGCAAAUCGCCGAGUCAGUGACAUUUCCCCUUGAACUGGGACUCGCUCAAGUUACAUUUGUAUGAACGAGGGCUAGAAGUGAAGUGCAUGAGUGCGCGAGGACCGUUGUUUAUGCUAAUGACAUACGGCAUCUACCUAAAAGAGUAACGGAGGCGGGGUUGAAGUCUUAAUUGCUUAGGGCCACAUAGUCAACCAGUGGUGAAGAUGGAUGUGGCCACCUAGUGAUUUUACAGUUGUGUGCAUGAACGUGAGUAGAAGUGGGAAAGAUAAUGGCCGAUGAAGUUAAUGAAAACAGCCCGGAUCAGCUGACCUCCUUGACCUUACCUUCUGAAAAGCCCUAUAAACCAAUAGUUUUAGAAAAAAUCCAGAAGGAGGAUGAAGACCUAAAAUCUGCAGUUAUCAAGAAGCUGUGUUUGUUCUGUGCAUGUAAUCCAGUGAAAACAAAAAAAGCAGUUUUUGAUUUUUUUCCAAUUUUAAAUUGGCUGCCCCGCUAUGAAUUGAAGAAGUGGCUUUUGGGAGACCUAAUGUCAGGACUUAUUGUGGGCAUCCUUCUGGUACCCCAGUCUAUUGCUUACUCACUUUUGGCUGGGCAGGACCCCAUCUAUGGUCUGUACACUUCUUUCUUCUCCUGCAUCAUUUAUGCUGUACUGGGUACAUCACGUCAUGUUUCAGUUGGAAUAUUUGGAGUACUGUCUCUUCUUAUUGGGCAAGUUGUGGACAGAGAACUACAAAAUGUUGACUUUUUCAUACAGACAUCUGUAAACCAGACCGGAAUCAGUAAAGACAGCAACUACAAUGUAACUUGUGACCGAGGAUGCUAUGCUAUUGUAGUGGGCUCCACUGUAACGUUUAUGGCAGGAGUUUAUCAGAUUUUAAUGGGCCUCUUUCAAGUUGGGUUUGUCUCAGUUUACCUGUCAGAUGCUCUUCUGAGUGGUUUUGCAACUGGAGCCUCUCUAACUAUUCUUACCUCUCAAAUUAAAUAUCUUCUGGGACUUAGAUUGCCAAGGGCAAAUGGCAUAGGCUCACUCAUCCGCACUUGGAUCUAUCUAUUCCAGAACUUGCUUGACACUAACCUAUGUGAUCUCAUCACCAGUCUGCUCUGUCUGCUGGUUCUAGUGCCAACCAAAGAAUUAAAUGAACACUUCAAGUCAAAGAUGAAAGUGCCUUUUCCAAUGGAACUACUUGUAGUCAUUGUCGCUACCUUGGCAUCUCAUUUCGGACAUUUCAAAGAUCGUUUUGGUUCAAGUGUGGCUGAAACUAUUCCAACAGGAUUUCUCCCUCCACAGAUGCCUAACUGGUCACUAAUACCAAAUAUUGCCCUGGAUGCUCUUUCAAUCGCAAUCAUCGGCUUUGCUAUUACAGUAUCACUUUCUGAGAUGUUUGCAAAAAAACAUGGUUAUACCGUGGAUGCAAAUCAAGAGAUGUAUGCCAUUGGAUUCUGUAACAUCAUUCCUGCCUUCUUCCAUUGCUUCACCACCAGUGCUGCUCUUACCAAGACCUUAGUCAAAGAGUCCACAGGGUGCCAUUCCCAGCUUUCUGGACUUGUCACAGCCUUGGUCCUGCUCUUAGUUUUGCUUGUUAUUGCCCCUGUGUUCUAUUCUUUGCAGAAGUGUGUCUUAGCAGUUAUCAUCAUUGUUAACCUCAGAGGAGCACUUCGUAAGUUUGGGGAGCUGCCUCAGAUGUGGAGGGUGAAUCGCAUUGACGCAAUUAUUUGGAUGGUUACAAUGUCUACUUCAGCAUUCCUCAAUACAGAGCUUGGUCUUCUUAUUGGCGUUGUGUUUUCUGCACUCUGUGUUCUGGUGCGUACACAGAUGGCAAGGGCUGUUCAGCUGGGCCGUGCUGGUGAUCUUGAGCUUUAUGAAGAUCUGAAUUCUUACAACUCAUUGCAUGUUGAAUCUGGCAUCUUCAUUAUGCGUUUUGAGGCACCUGUCUAUUAUGCUAACCAGUCUCUUUUUAAAAAAGCUGUGUAUCGCUGUACUGGAUUUGAGCCUGGCAAGGAGACAAUCCUCAAGAAAAAGCAACAGAAGGCAAAAGUAAAACAACAUGUAGAAACUAACAUUGCUGUAGAAAAUGACCAUGAAAUAGCUACAGCAGUUCAGCACUUUAUGCCUGAGGAACCCCACUUAAACACCCUGAUUAUAGACUGUGCCCCAAUGUUUUUUAUAGACACUGCUGGACUAAAUGCUUUAAAAGAGUUGUAUGUGGAUUAUAAAAAUUUUGGAGUUCGAGUACUUUUAGCCCAAUGCAAUAGCUCAGUCUUGGAUUCUCUUCACAGAGGUGGCUACCUGAAGCAAAAGGAGCAGGAAUUUACAGAGCGAGUGUUUUUUACUAUCAGUGAAGCAGUAAGGUUUGCUAAAACCUUGCAUAUGGAAAACGGAGUAAAUGAAACUCUCAGCUCUUGCUGACACUCGUCAAAGAAUAAUAACAAAAUGAUCAAAUAUUUUAUUUAUAUUUGCACUCUUAUACACUUUAUAUUCUUUGCAAAUGAUUUAUUGUUAACUGUGCCUUAUUUAAUACAGAUCUUUAUUUAUACUCUGAAUUUCAACAGUAUUGCUAUUCUAUGUGUAUUAUGAUAUAGAAAAAAAUUGAAGAAAGUUCUAUGCUGCUUUGUAUAUGAAUGUUUAUAUUACCACCUGGUCUUCAUUCUGGUUUGUUUGCCUGAAUGGGCACAGGGUUUGCCUUUAAGUAAAUGUUAAGCAAGAAGUUUUCAGAAAGCCUGAGAACUUUGUGUAACAGAACUCUCAAAUUAUAUUAGGAAGGAUUAAGGUUUCAUCUAACCUGGGUUCUAUGGGUUAAAGCCAUAUUAAUGAAAACCUAUCAAUAUUUAGAAAUUACAAUAUGUUUUUUGGCAGCUCUAAAACAUAUAUAGAAAGUACUUAGCAAUAAAAUCAUGUUUGGUACAUGUGUAAGUAUACAUUUCACAAUAUGUAACUUGGUUAAAGUUGUUGGCAUAAAAUUUGAGUUUUAAAGUAGCACUUCAAUAAGUUCUUCAGAGUACUGAACGCCAAAGUUUAAUUGUUACGUAUGGUUAAAUGAUUAUAGCUAGCGCCCUAGAUAGAUAAAGUGUCAUGAAAAGGUAUUUACCCCCUUCUGAUUUCUUUUAUUAUUGCAAAUUUUUAAACUGAAUGUUUUCAAGUCUUCAACUACAAUGUGAUUUUAGAUACAAGAGACCCGAGUGAACAGAUAACACAUUUUGUUUACCUUGUUAUUUAAUGAAUGAAUGAUGGUAUCCAACUCCAUAUGGCAGUGUGUGAAAAAAAUAUUGGUAUCACCUACAACGUAAGAUCUGGUUGCUCCAGAAGUAUCCAGACACUUUUUAUAAUUCAUUAUCAGCUUUGCACAUUGCUCAUUGUCCUUGCAGAAUUGCUUCAAGUCAGUAAUUUUGGUACAGGUUCAAGCAUUACCCUGCCAUACCAUUUUUUUAACAAUUACAUCUGUACAUUGAAUAUGCAAGUCCAAAACUUACAAUUUUUCUUCUUUUCAGCCAUUUUAAUGUGGACAACUAUACCUCAUCUCAUGAAGGGAUUACUGGAAAUUAUGAUGAAAAAAGUUCUAAUGUAGUGCAGAAUACACAGUUCUUCACUUAAGAAAGUUCUUCAGAUCCUUGGAAAGCAAAGCAUUUUAACACUAUCACGUCUCCUUCCCCGUGUUUGACUGUUGGUGGUAUGAUCUAGAGUUUUUUUUUUUUUUUUUCAAAGAGUAAAAUAUGGUGAGGACACCAAAAAGAAGCUAGGUAGCAGGCCAGAAACCCACCUAGUCUGCCCAGCAGAGGCAACCUUGACUUUUGCCAGGCUCCAAGGCAACCUGCUGGCUUCUGUUGAAGCAUGCUCAAUGAGGAGCUAGCAAAACAACUAUAAUAAUUUAAAAAAGAUCACAAAAGCCCUACAAGUGGAAGGAUGACUGUGAACGUUUGGCUUGUUAUUAAAGGGCAAAUAAAGAAUCUUUAUAAGUGUUAUUAUAAUACAUAAAUACUUUUAGCAAACAAGACCUCAAACAAGCACAGACAGACUUGCCUACAAAUCAGCAAUCCAGAAGUAAACAAUGUCCCAGUAUAGUUUGAUGGAAAGGUCAAAAAAACAGAGCAAAGAAGGCCAAAAUCUAGUGAGUCAGUCAUUGUCCAACCCUCUAUAACCUAACACAGGGUCACGGGGGUCUGCUUCAAAAUAAGCAAUAGCAAUAACACAAAGAGCCCAUGUAGAAGACCCAAAAAGCUCAACAGAAUCAAGGAGGACAUGUAUCGACUCAGAAGACGGUCUAGAUCGGAAAAAGUAGAGGAAGGCAUCGAAAGCAGUGGAGCCUGUGUUAGCACGGGACAAACACUAGGAAAGAGAGGGUAACACAAAGAGCCCUGACCAACACUUAACAAUGUAUCCAAUUACACUGCUUGUCUCCACAGCCUUUAUAAGGCUGGACACAGUUCUUAGGUCGAGAUAGACAGGUGGCCCCGCCUCUUGGGGAACCACCCACAAAACACAAAGAACAGAUACUUCCACAAAGAAACAAAAUCACAUUCAA